AUUCUUAAGAUUUCUGGAUUCGCUCACAGCUUGAUCGAAUUCACUUUUCUAUUUCUCCAACAAAGAAGCCAAACACACUCACUAAAACCGUUUUUCCUCAGUGGAAAAAUAUCAGAGAAAGCACACAGCGAAGAGAGAAAAAUCGAACCGAGAAAGAACUAGAAAGAAGCAGAGCACAACCUGAAACAAAAUCCCUAGCUGUUCUUGAAUCUUUAUCACUCUUGAUCGGCAACGAGUAAAUUAUUUUGCUUUUCCUCGCAGAUUGUUCACAGGUAUUGAAGCCGUUUCUGGAUAAAAUUGUUGAGCUCUAAAAGACUAGCAGUACAGUAGCUUUUUGGUCUGCCAUUGUUGAUUGGAAGGAGGUGGCUGUUCGACAUUAUUGAAAUUUGGUGUAAGAAAUUGCAAAAGGAAUGGGUGCUCUUGAUCAAGGUAUCAAUACACUACAUCUACCUUUCGAUUCUACCAGGAAGAGGAAGACGCGGAGUAGACGGGAUGGGAACUCAGUGGCGGAGACUCUGGCCCGAUGGAAGGAGUAUAACAAUAGGCUUGAUUCUGGCAGUGAUGAGGGGAAACCCCUUCGUAAAGUACCCGCUAAGGGGUCGAAGAAGGGGUGUAUGAAAGGCAAGGGAGGGCCUGAUAACUCACGAUGUAGCUACAGAGGUGUUAGACAGAGGACAUGGGGAAAGUGGGUUGCAGAAAUUCGAGAGCCAAACAGGGGAAAUAGGCUUUGGCUAGGUACUUUCCCUUCCGCCAUGGAAGCUGCUCUUGCUUAUGAUGAAGCAGCAAGGGCUAUGUAUGGUCCAUGUGCCCGCCUUAAUCUCCCCAAUAUAUCGGAUUACUCCUUGUUUAGGGAUUCCUGUUCCGUUACGACGCCAUCUGGCUCCUCCUCGGUGGCCACACCUGCAGGCUCCGACUCCACAACAACAUCAAAUCAUUCUGAGGUAUGUGCGGAUGAGGAUUCAAAGGUUAGGCCUAUUGCUGCACAUGUGAAAAGUGAGAAUGAAGGUGAAUCAAGAAUCAAUCCUUGGCUUAGCACAGAUAUGGGAGAUACCAAAACCACUGCUGCACAUGUGAAGAGUGAGAAUGAAAGUGAGUCGAGAAGCAAUCCUUGGCCUAGUACGGUCAUGGGAGAUACCAAAACCAGUAGUGUAGUUGAGCCAGAAGCAAAAGAUGAGGCAACUACAAAAUACAUUAAAUCUGAGGCUAAAGAUGAGCAUCUAGAUGUUGAGGAUUAUAAUUGGAUUGAUGGGGGCGAAAUUGGAGACGACUUUUUGCAGAAUUUCACAAUGGAUGAGGUGUUUGACGUGGAUGAACUUUUAGGGAUUAUGGAUAGAAAUCCUCUUCAGGAUUCGGGUUUGGUUCAAGACUUGGGUCAUAAUUCUGGCCAAGGAGGGUUCCUCAAUAGUGACAAUCUCCCCUCUGAGAAGCCAUCCCAUUUAUCAUAUCAGUUGCAAAACCCGGAUGCCAAGUUGCUUGGAAGUUUGCAUCAUAUGGAUCAGGCACCUUCUGCUGUUGAUUAUAGCUUUGAUUUCUUGAAGCCUGGGAGACAGGAGGAUAACAACUCUGGAAUAGAAGGUCAGGGAUACCUCAACUUGACAUUUCCUGAUUUGGAGUUUUGAGGGAAGCAAAAAUCUUCCACCGAAGCAAGAAGAUGGAUACACUUUCUAUUUAAAACGAAGAAGGCUAGAUGCUGAAGAACUUUUGUCUACUGUCCGGUAGUUUGGCAUAUAUUCUGGUUUCAGUCGUCUCUUAGAUCCAGGAGCAGGGUUGGUUUCAAGAGCACAUGUUUAGUUUGCCAUACAAAUUCCCUUCCCCCAAACUGAACUGACUAAUAUUUCAUUUCCUUUUGGACUGACAUGUGAGCUGAUUCUCUAUAGGUUUUAGAUUUGGAGAAGUUAGCUUGUGAAAUUUGUUUUUUCUGGUCUCCUAGUAGUCUCAGAGGCAAAGUGGAUGGUCUUCCCAUAUGGCCGCAUUUGUGUUUCUGAACUUUGGUUUCUUGCUGGAGUUUGGUUACAGAUGGAUAAAUUCUUUUCCUGUAAAUAUGAAGAAAAUAUGAAUAUAUUGAAGGAAGGUGGGCUUGAAGACCCAACAAAGAACAAAUAUAUAGAUAAAAAAGGUUGCAGUUAUGUCGCAAUGUUUUCCAUUCUGUGUUCUGCUUUAUGGAAGGUAGAAUGUGUUAGUCUGCACUCUGCAGGAUUUUCGUGAAUGCCAUUUCUCUAUCUGGUUACUCGCA